UUCAAUAACAAACUGUCUGAGUCCCCAUAACUCCGCCACUGGUUGCUUGCGGGACUUCUACUUCUACGGAAAAAUGGCAUCUUAUGAGAAGCCAAAUUUGGCUUAAAUAGCCUUCUUCAUUUCGAAAUUAUUUAAAAAAUUCGAAUUUUUUUAAAAAUCUUUAACGCCCUAUAUUUCUUAAAUGAAGCGUCCCUGGAAAAAAAUCUAUACUUGAUUUUUUUCUUAUUUUUUUAUGAGGAAUAUCUCCUUAAAGUUUGUCGACUUAAUCCUGAAACACCCUGUAUAGUAUUUUUUUAGUAUGUCCCGCUUUCGACGAAAUAAUCCCGCUUUUUUACUCAAAAGAUUUCAAAAUCCCGCUUUGCCCGAAAAAAAAUCUGGCAACGCUGACCGACACAUUUUCAAAGCUACUUGAAGGUCAAUUCUUGUUGUUUUUUUUUUAUGGUAAUACGAUUUCUGACCUCGGACUCUGAAAUUGGCACGCGCCGUAUAUUUCUUGGGAGGAGUACGCGUCAGCACACGUAACGCGAGUCGUUUAGAGGAGAAGGACGAGUCCUGGACGUCCUGCGCGCGUCAGGCGCUCGCCGAAGGCCUGAAACCGCUGAAAUCGAUACGCGCCUCCCGAGGUGUGCGCUCGGCACGUUAUCCCCGCACGCCGAUCGAUCGAAUCCCCCGUUUUCCGACAUGUCGGCCGCCGAAACCUCGCUGUGGAGCGUCUCCGCGGGGUGUUCUUCUGCGGCGACGGUGACGAUGUGAACGCCGUGUCUCGGGAAGCGCAGAAUGCACUUGCACUUCGAGAGGACGGUGAACGCGAGGAGCGACUGCCCCAUCCUGUCCCUCACCUGGAUGGGAAAGGUGCCCGACGAGCUGCCGGAGGAUGAAGAUUGGAAAUUGAAUCGCACGAACUACUAUCAGGAGGGCUGGCUGGCCACUGGCAACGUGAGGGGCAUAGUUGGGGUAACAUUCACCACGAGCCAUUGCAAGAAAAAUGUGGAAUUUCCUCUACGUACAAACUAUAACCUGCGGGGCCACAGAUCAGAGGUUAUUUUAGUAAAGUGGAACGAGCCAUAUCAAAAACUGGCGUCGUGCGACAGUUCUGGAAUUAUUUUUGUAUGGAUAAAAUACGAAGGCCGGUGGUCGAUAGAGCUCAUCAACGACCGGAACACACCUGUGACGCACUUCUCCUGGUCACACGACGGCCGAAUGGCACUCAUUUGUUACCAGGACGGAUUCGUUCUGGUGGGCUCUGUGGCCGGUCAAAGGUACUGGUCGUCCAUGUUGAAUUUGGACGCGACCAUAACCUGCGGCAUUUGGACUCCCGACGACCAGCAGGUCUACUUCGGCACUACCUCAGGUCAGAUCAUCGUCAUGGACGUACACGGAGCCAUGGUGUCCCAAGUACAGCUGGGCUCGGAAGUGGGCAUCACCUCCAUGGCUUGGUCCUGCGAGAAAUUCAAGAUGGAAGAAGGUGACGACAACGACACUAGCGUUACCAAUUCAGGUGAUAGAAAAUUCGUGUUAGCGGUUUCUUUACAAAACGGUUAUAUAUUUUUGCUAUCCACAUUCGACGACGUGUCGCCCAUCCAGAUUAACACCGGACUGCAAGGUCCGAUCUGUAUGGAAUGGAGCAAUUCCAGGGAGUUCCUGGCGGUGUCUGGGAUCGCCACUGGAUCCCCUACCGUUGGGGUCCAAGUCGAGUACACCAACAUGCUGAAGUUCUACAACGAGAAAGGCGUGCUGCUGUAUUGCACGGUGAUACCUGACCGACAUUCUCGGAUAUCCACGCUGACCUGGGGCCAUAACGACAAACGGUUGUUUCUGGCGACGGGGACGCAGAUUCACAUAGCCUGGGUCUCGAAGAGAAUAGCUUCGCUUCAACUCCUAUGCAGGCUAAGGAUACACAACCUAAUCCCGAACGAGUCGCAACUGGCCUCUCUACCGUUGCCUCUUCGCUUAAGGAAUAUCAUUGGGAAUCUGUUUGCUCAAACAAUAAGGUGCUGCGUUCCGGAACCGAGUUCUUUAAGGGAAUUCGUGUCUAGACCUCCAGUGGGAUCAGUUCGUUUACAUUGUACGAUGAUCAGACACGACGAGGAGAAUAACCUAACGUCCGGAACAUGCUACACGCUGUAUCUCGAAUACCUUGGUGGUCUGGUGCCCCUUCUCAAGGGCAAAAGGACGAGCAAAAUCAGGCCGGAGUUCGUUAUUUUCGAUCCACAAGUGGAAGACUACCAAUUGUAUUCAUCAGAAUCGAAGAGCUCGUCUUCUUCGAGCAACUCUGCAAACGGCGGCUGCAAUAGUGAUACGUCGGAUUCGGAUCGGGAAGACGGUUGCACUGGGUCCCCCAGGAUGCAAAGGAGGAGGAAGAGGAAGAAUAAAUACUACUCGCAUGUGACCCACCACGACAGACAGCCGUAUCAGAGGCAGGAUCAGGAUAGCGAGCACGAGGACCUUUCUUAUGUCGACACGCUUCCAGAGCAGGUACGUCUUGUCGAGGUGACGUCGAACAUUUGGGGAACAAAAUUCAAAAUUCACGGGCUGGCCACGUCAGUACCCGUAAAUCUGGGUCAAGUGACUUACAAGACGUCGCUCCUCCACCUGCAGCCCCGUCAAAUGACGCUGGUCAUGACGGAACUACGCGACGAUUUCCCCGUAGGACCUGACCCCACGUUUAAUCCCAACCUAUUCUCUGAAGACGAAGAAGAAGUAGUCCAGCCGGAGGAAAGAUCGAGAGGUGUCAGGGGAUCUAUAGACAUCCCCAUAGCGCCUAUGUCACCGCGAGGUAACGUUCUGGGCAAGCAGAAGUGUUCGUACCUGCUGCCAGAGCAGGGCGUCCGGCGCAUAGAAACACCAAGUUCGUUGCUGGCCAAACCCGAGUCUUAUGAUGAAAAAUGCUGUUACGUAGAAGUAAAUGAAGUAGUAAGCCUUAGUAAUAACGAUCAAAUCCGUCCUCAAGCAUCCAGCAGCACAAGCAAUGGUGCCCUGUUAAGUUUGCGUCCAACCAGUACACAAAGUACGAGCUUCAUCGGUCAAUUCAUGCAGAACGGGGCGCAGAACGGAGGCAGUCAACGUCACGCUAUAUCGCCCAUCUGCUGCGAGGUGUCCGUUCCGGCCUUGCAGUCGCCCAAGAACGCGGUGGCGCCCAGUGACAUCAUCUUCGACCGCCCUCCCGCCUCCACGAUCAUAUCUUACUCUGCCAGCGAAUAUUUCAACGGGAGCAACGCCUUACAGGUGAAAUCGAGUUUGGUCGAGCAGACCGCGAAGAACAUCUCCGUGACGUUUGGCUUGAACGGCGAACAGCACAAACCGAUCGUUAUCAAGAAAAUUCAAGAGGACUCGCCUGUGGACAGUAAAAAGGCCAAACAAGCCGUCAACGAGUCCUUGAAUAGAGAAUUGAAGUUUAUAGACGAAGAGAACUCGGGUACAGGUCCCUCGACGUCCAGAAGACCUCCACCGCCCACAACUUGCCUGAUAGACUCGAUGGUGAGAAGUUGCAGUGUUGGAUUCCUAGACAUGGUGGACGCCCAGUUGGUCCCAAGCGACGCUUCGUUGCUGAUGUUGCGUAAGGAAUUUCCGAAACGUUUGGUGCUGGUGAACAAGAAGCCUAGGACCAAGAGGCAGAGCAGGAUGGUCUCCAAACCGUCAGACCAUCACUUAAAAGCGUCAGAUUUUAAUCCUAGGUUAAAAAAUUGCGGCAAAUCCAAAAGCUUGGACUCGAGUGAUAUUUUCCCAAGCAAUGAAAGUUCCAUCGGUAACAUAGCAAAGAAAAAACCUGAAGAUAUACUCGAAGUGGAAAAUAGUGCGGUGGAAAACAGUCAAGGUUCUGAUACAGUGGUAGAAGAGAAAAAUAACAGUAAUAAAUCAACAAAAAGAGACUUUUUCUCGUCGCCUUUAAUGAGGAGGAAGAAAACGGAUGUCGGUGAACAAAAUAGAGGAAGGAGCACUCAGAAGAAGAUCAACCAACAAGCGGACGUCACUACCGAGAAAAACGGCGUCUCGAUACACACCCAGGCCUUAGCUAACCUAGAAAAGUUAAUAACUAGGCUUAGAGAGGACGACGGCAAGUCCUCGCCUUCUCACGCGCCUAGACUGCCUAGAAGUUCGCCCUCUUCACCAGCGCCUACUAAAAAGGGUAUCCGGCCUCAAUCUGCUUCUCCUAUAAGACGGAAGCUGCUAAGCUCGCCCCUUCUAGGAAGGAGGAACAGGAAGAAUAAGAAUCAGGAGAGUUCGGACGACGAAGUCAACGCCUCUGGGGACGAGAUCUUCAACGGCACGAACUACAAGGACCUGGAGACCUUCCAGAAGUCGCAACUUAGGCAAAAGCUGAAGAGAGGCAAGAUCGAGCCGAACGGGAGCAGCUGCAAUAACCCCAUAAUACCCCAGAGGAGGGAGUUUGUGAUGCACAACAAGGCCCCCAUGUGGAACGAGAACAGUCAGGUCUACCAACUCGAUUUUGGCGGAAGGGUGACCCAGGAGUCGGCCAAGAACUUCCAAAUAGAGUUUAGAGGAAAGCAGGUGAUGCAGUUUGGACGGAUCGAUGGGAACGCCUACACCUUAGACUUUCAGUACCCCUUUUCGGCGCUGCAAGCGUUUGCGGUAGCUUUAGCUAAUGUCACGCAAAGACUUAAAUGAUUUUUUUUCUUUGGUUCCACGUGCCAAUUUCGGGAUAUUUUGGAAGUUUUGUAUUGUUGAUUUUCGUUUAACGUAUGUUUUUCCGUUUUUGAAGAAAUUCACAUAUAUUUUAUAGAUGUUUUGACCGAUAUUUGUUACCUAUUGGGAUGUCUCGUCGUUUUUUCAUUUAUAUAUAUUUAUAUUGUAUUUAAUGUUAUU